UUCGCAAAAACGCAUACGUGUAUCGCUCAUUCCUGUGGUUGAACUUAAGCAAUCCAGAGACGCUCUUGAUAUCAGUUGCAUUCGUUUUCUUUUGAAUUUAAUCGUCUCGUAAUUUACGUGCAGCAUCAAAAAAAAAAACAUCCCGAUAUGGAUUUGCCAGACAACGAAAAUCAAUUGAAUGCAAUGUUGGCGCAAAUCCUAGAGGAGAACAAUCGAUUUGUCACACAAAUUAAAACGUUGACCCGACUGCAAUACCACAAAUCGUACUACAAAAACGAAAUUGGCAAAAUUGUUAAUACACUGGUCGAUGGGUCUUCCGAAAUCAAAAAUGACCAGGAGGAAUGUGCUAAACAACUGAUUGCGGUCAACCGUUAUAUCGACACGGUGGAAAAUCCGAAAGAGCCAGAACUCUCUGCUGAAGAACUGCUUAUCGAAGGAGAGUGCCGAAAGGUCGAAGCGGAGAUUGACGCGAUUGGUGAACAGCUGGCGAAAUUGGGUGACGUGGAAACACUUCGUGAAAAGAUUCAAGCAAAGCAGCGAUUGAUCAAUGAAAUCAAAAAGAAGCAAUCGGAUGAAUCCCAGCCGAAUGCAAACGAUGGCGAUGAUGACGACGACGACGACGAUGAUGAUUCGAAUGAAGGUACUGAACAUUUCUUUGCACGCUUCUUCGACCGACCGCCAAGCACAAGUGUUACCUCAACGCGAAAUGACCAAUCAAGUGUAUCCAGCAACAAUUGAACCAAUUGUUCCGAUACGAUUUUUUUUUUUGGACAUUUUUCUUCAUUGUUUUCAUCUUUUCCAACUGUUUAUCCAUUUUUUAAAUAUGUCAUUCCAACUUCACCGAUAGAAUA